AUGAAUUACCCCACCUGGCCCCCCCCCAAUGCUUCUCCUCUUCAUGCGAUCGAGCCGUGGGGGCGCCAGCUGUUUGUGUUUACUCCUUAUGCUGCUGACCUUUCUGCUUCUCCCUCUGGGCCCUAUCCCCGGUGGCCGCCUCUGAGGGGUCCUGCUCCGCCUAUGAAUCGUUUAUCCCCUAACUUGGAGAGACUAUCAGCAGCAGCAGCAGCAGCAGCAGAGCGAGCAGCAGCAGCAGCAGCAGCAGCAGGUGUAUUGGGUGUUUUAUCUGAGGAUGCAUAUGAAGCAGCAACCGAAGCAAAGAAAGCAGCAGCAGCAGCAGCAACAGCAGCAGCAGCAGAAGUUGCUGCUGGGCCCCUGCUGCCAGCAGCAAACCCUAUUCUCUGUGUAGCUGACCACGGCCGCCGCCCCCUUAUGUUUCUCUCAGCCGCAGAUUUGUUUUUUAUAAAAAAAAACAUACAAAGAUUCAAAACCCUAAUCGAGGAGUUUAGACUCACAGCCAAGGCAUCAAACAUAGAAAAAAUAUACAGACAGAGGCGGCUGCUGCUGCCGUAUAAAACUGUUGGGAUGCAGAGAAUGAAGAAGGGGGAGCAUCAGUCUUAUGGAAUGAAAAAAGGAGUAGCCAGAGAAAAAAAAACAUAA